UUUUUUUAAAAACAUAUUCUAUUCUGUGGUAGAAAGGUCCUUAUGCAGCUGAUCUGUAUGAUGCAGUAGCAAUAUCACGAUUUUGCAAAACCGAACACAACGCACUUGUUUUCUUUAAAGCACUGGGACAAAUACGCAUCUUAAUUAAAACGUAUUCACGUCAGACUAUAUCUUCUUGUGGAAUCUGCUGUUUGCACAAAAUCUCACCCGGAGUAGUCUCUCAGCUACUGGCACUACUACGAAAACAAAUCUUAAGUUAUCAUUUGUUUAUUAUAUAGGCCCGCCUAAUAUAUAUGACAUAAUUAAAUAUUCUUAAUUCUCGAUUGUUUUAAAUGUGGCGGUUUUUAAUUUUUAUACAAUAUUUCUACAGCUGCAGAAGAGGCAACGGAAUGCUUUUCUUCGUCUUCAUGAAGUGACAUCUUCAAUUUCAAGUUUACAUAAUGGAAUCUUCUGACCUAGAAGGUUUGACCCAGCACAUCAAUGACAAGAUAUCUCGUGUCAUGAAGAUCCUCCAUUUAAGGACCUUGGCUAAGGACCCUGAUAAGAGAAAUGUGCUGAAAAAGAUAAGUCAGGAUCUUCUCUCUAUAAACAACCUUUUAAACCAGUUUGAAGCACAGGUUAACCAGCAAAAGGAGAUACUGAAAUCGCUCAAGGAGUUAGAGAAAUUAUUUGAGGAGGAUUUGAAACAAGCAAAGCACCUCAAAGAGAAUAUUCCUCCCCACAUGUCCAGGAAGGGGCCUGUUCAGAGCAGUGCUGCAGUGCUAAAAACAAGCCAAGAACCUGAAAGUAAUAAGGAUUUGGAGCUUUCAAAGAAACCCUCCAAACACAAAGAUUGUAUCCGAGAGAUGCUGUUCCUCACAACUACAGAGUUUGAAAACAUUCCAGCAUACAUGAAAGGGCGGUUUACCUACGACCAGAUCAACAAUGUUAUUCAAGACAUUAACAAAGCAGUGGUGUGCAAGUAUAAGAUUUUGAAGCAAUCUCUCAAAUCCAUGAACAAUGCAACACGAAAACUUUACCAGCGAUUCAAGGAUGAAGAGUGCAAAGAAACCAAAGGUCAAUAUUUUAUUGUGGAUGCUGAUAUUAAGGAGUUUACCCAAAUGAAGGUGGAAAAGAAGUUCCAUGUGAUUCUGAACAUGCUGCGGCACUGCCAGAGACUUCGAGAGGUCAGGGGGGGAGGGAUCAUCCGCUACAUGCUGCAGUGAUACAUGCAUAUCUUUUUUUAUUUCAAGGUUUCUUAAAGUUAUUGUAGCAGGUUAAAAUCAUCGCGUUGUGACACAGACUGUUGCAAUGGAAUGGUGUGUCAUGCAAUAUUCAUACAGCCUUUUUAAAGGUGUACAGUAGACUGCAUUGCUUGCUCAGUCAAAGCAGUCAGAGGCAUUUGCAGCAAGCAAAGGCCCAUUGGCAAACCAAUUGCCUUCUGUCAUUAUACAUUAGCUUUGUCAUCCAAUUAGAAUGAUGUGCUUUAUUUAUAUAUAUACACAUACUGGGCGUGACUUUGUAAUGUAUUAAUGGUAGGCCCUUAAAUGUAAUCCAUGAAUUUACAGUGAUCUUAAAAGCAGAAGUAGGUCCUAGAAGCACUUUUGGUUUCCUAAAAAUGUAGAUGCUUUCAUGUAUGAUCAUUGUGUUUUUUCUUGUUACAUUGGUAGUUAGUUUUGGGCACACAACCUUUAGCAGCAAUCAGUGCUCUAGUAAAACAUUUAAAGACUUGCACAGUGUUAUUGUUUUUUAGUUUUUUUUCCCAUUAAGCUUCCCAUUUCUAA